CGAUUCGACGUGGAGGUCCUUCAUGCUAUCAUUUGCCACACACUGAGGAUUCAAGUGCAAGGCUGCUGUCACUGUGAAGUUGCUGAACAAGACAAUGUCUGACAAGAACCAAACCUCAGACCUUUCUGAUGCACAUGAAGACGAAGAUAUCGCUGAUAUAGUGAAAGUUGAGAUAACAGAAGAUCUGUGUGUGAGACGUCAGCUGGGAGCCCAGAGUGAGGAAAACAGUGACAGUAUCGACCCAGAUGAAGAUUAUGCUGAUACAGUGAAAGGUGAAAUAACAGAAGAUCUGUGUGUGAGACGUCAGCUGGGAGCGGCGGAUGAGGAAACCAGUGACAGUAUCAGCUCAGGUGAAUUCACAAACAGUGCUGAUGCUUCUUUCAGUCUUCUUCAAAAUAAAAGAAGCCACGUGGGAUAUAUAUGUUCUGAAUGUGGGAAAUAUUUUACUUGGAAAUCGCAUCUAAAUAUUCAUCAGAAAAUUCAUACAGGAGAACGAGGAUUUUCAUGUUCUGACUGUGGGAAAUGUUUUACUACGAAAUCAUCUCUUAUUAGGCACCAGAAAAUUCAUGCAGGGGAGAAAACAUUUUCAUGCUCUGACUGUGAGAAAUGUUUUACUCUAAAAUCCCAUCUUACUGCGCAUCAGAAAAUUCAUACAAGAGAGAGAGGAUUUUUAUGUCCUGACUGUGGGAAAUGUUUUACUUUGAAAUCUUCUCUUAUUCGGCAUCAAAAGAUUCAUACAGGGGAAAAAGAAUUUUUGUGUUCUGAAUGUGGGAAGUGUUUUACUCAGAAAUCACAUCUCAUUAGGCAUCAUAUAAGUCAUUCAGGGCAAAAAGCAUUUUCAUGUUCUGAAUGUGGGAAAUGUUUUACCUUGAAGCCAGCUCUAAACACUCAUAUGAAAAUUCAUACAGGGGAGAAAGAUUUUGUGUGUUUUAAAUGUGGGAAAUGUUUUACUCAGCAAUCAACUCUUAUAAAUCAUCAGAGGGUUCAUAUUAAAGAAAAUCAGAGCUUAAACUCUAAGGCGUAGAGGCCGACACAUGGUUAUCAUCUGCACAAUGUCUAGAAUGCUGACGAUGACUACAUGUCCUCUGGGGGGGCACACUUUUUAGGCUGUUUGAGGUCCUGUUCUCAACCUCACCAGUUGCAAAGUGGCUAAAUGUGUUUUUUAUAGGCUUAAAUAGCCAAGUGAUCACUUGUUGUAAAUAAAAUGUGCAUUUACAAGAG